CCGCCCCUCGCCUCGGCCCGGCCUCGGGGUCCGGGCGGAGGGUUUCACUGUCCGCGGGGCCCGCGCCUCUGUGCUUCUCCACGGUGCCGGCUGCGCGGAGCCGGGAUGCGCUGCGCCUGCUGCGGGUCCUCAUUAUGGAGCCCAAACGCCUGGAGAUUCCCGGCAGCGUCCUGGAUGAUCUCUGCAGCCGAUUUAUUUUGCAUAUUCCCAGUGAAGAAAGAGACAAUGCGAUCCGAGUGUGCUUCCAGAUUGAACUUGCCCAUUGGUUUUACUUGGAUUUCUACAUGCAGAACACACCAGGAUUACCUCAGUGCGGGAUAAGAGACUUUGCCAAAGCUGUUUUCAGUCACUGUCCAUUUCUGCUGCCACAAGGUGAAGAUGUGGAAAAGAUUUUGGAUGAAUGGAAGGAAUAUAAAAUGGGAGUCCCGACUUACGGUGCAAUUAUUCUCGAUGAGACACUGGAGAAUGUACUGCUGGUUCAGGGGUACCUGGCAAAGUCAGGCUGGGGAUUCCCAAAAGGAAAAGUAAAUAAAGAAGAGGCGCCUCAUGACUGUGCGGCGAGAGAGGUCUUCGAGGAAACUGGUUUUGAUAUAAAAGACUAUAUUUGUAAGGAUGAUUACAUUGAACUGCGAAUCAAUGACCAGCUUGCUCGCUUGUACAUCAUUCCAGGAGUCCCAAAAGACACAAAAUUUAACCCCAAAACCAGAAGAGAAAUUAGGAAUAUUGAGUGGUUCUCCAUUGAGAAAUUGCCCUGUCAUAGAAAUGACAUGACUCCCAAGUCCAAGCUUGGCUUGGCACCUAAUAAGUUUUUUAUGGCCAUUCCCUUUAUCAGACCACUAAGGGACUGGCUGUCUCGAAGAUUUGGAGAUUCCUCGGACAGUGACAAUGGGUUUUCCUCAGCUGGUAGCACACCAGCUAGACCCACCGUGGAGAAAUUGAGUCGAACAAAAUUCCGCCACAGCCAGCAGCUGUUUCCUGAAGGUUCCCCGAGUGACCAGUGGGUUAAGCACCGGCAGCCACUGCAGCAGAAGUCACACAGUAACCACGGGGAGGUGUCGGACCUUCUCAAAGCAAAGAAUCAAAAUAUGAGAGGGAAUGGCAGAAAACAGUAUCAAGACUCACCUAAUCAAAAGAAGAGAGCGAACGGAGUCCAUGGUCAGCCGGCAAAGCAGCAGAAUCCCUUGGUGAAAUGUGAAAAGAAGCUGCAUCCACGGAAACUUCAGGACAACUUCGAGACAGAUGCCACAUGUGACCUGCCUUGUUCUGGUGAAGAGCCGUCGGUAGAACAUGCUGAGGGACAUUCUGUGGCAUGCAACGGACAUUGCAAGUUCCCAUUUUCAUCCAGAGCCUUUCUGAGUUUCAAGUUUGACCAAAAUGCUAUAAUGAAAAUCUUGGACCUUUGAGCCAGCAAGAGUAUUGCAGAAGUCCCUCGAUCUGAGACCUGUUGCGUGUGAGUGGCUGUCUCCUCAAGCCUUACCUUUCUCAGGUAUCUGAAAGAAGUGCAGGGAGGCCAUGUUUCUAAAGAGAUGUUCUGUACAGACGAGAAACUAGAAAGAAACACAAGUUUGCACUGUAAAUGCAUUUAGAACUUUUUAUAUGGAUUUACCAUUUCAGUGUUUGGAACCAAGUUUUAGUUGCCUGUGUUUUUUUUUGUCUCUCCCUUAUUUUUGUGUGACUGUGUUUUGUUUUAUAUUCUCAUCAAGAGUUGUUUUGAUUGCAUCAUCAGCAAGUAGCCAUGUCAAUAGGAGUGUUUCACCUCCCCAUCUUAGUGAUUGCAAAAAGCUUGCUUAUUGAAAACUUAAAGGAACUUAAAACCCCAGUUACCAAUGUACUGGGCAUCAGAGCUGAACCGUGAGGUGAGGAUGCAGGCGUUUACUCAUCUCUGCCUCUAACCACUGAGAGUCUAACCUUCCAACUGGAGCUGCACAGUGAACCUCGAGCACUUCAUCAGGACCACAUCCACAGCCUGGAGAGAGAUGGAGUCAGUGGGGAGCUGAUGCUGUGGAUAUUGAGCUCUGAUGUUUGCUGUCAAAAACCUGUGAGUGCUGGAGCAGAGAGCAUGGAAGCAAUAGCUGACAGUUACUCCAGGUCAUGCCUUGACUCUCCUGCCUCCGUCCGUUCAGUAUUGUGUCGUGAUUAUGCCUGUGUGAAACGUCUAUGCGUAUUCUAGUUGUGAGUCUGUGUGGAAAACUUCAUUCUUAGUUCUAUAUUGCAUCUCAACGUUGAUCUGUGUAAGCUGGUAUUAUGUUAGGUUCCAGUUUGCAGUAAUACUAGACUGACAUGCUUUUCAUUAAUAUCUUGAAGCCCCUGAGUUACAACGUGAGAAAGAAGGGGAUCUGCAGUUUACCAGUAAGUCCAGCAUGUCACUAGGGGACCGACCCUUGAAGUAAUGUACUUAGAUCACACGUAGGAAUGUAUUUUGUAUUUUGCUCCUUCAGAAUUCUUAAACCAAACACGGGUGACAGUGCCCACUUUGCAGAGAUCGCCUGUUGUUGAGGACAAUCACCAGAGCUUUAAGGAGGCAAUAUGAUGUUGGCUGCCCCUGACCUCGCUGAGAAUCUCUUCUGGGGUGGACUGUGCUGUUAGAGUGCAUGUGUACACGUGCGUCUGUCGUGUGCGGUUUUAACAAGUGGUAUCCACAAAGUAUAUCUCUGCUUAUAAAUAGUACUAUAGAAAUCUCUAUGCUGUAUAUGUAGCCUAUUUAACUGGGGGUUCUGCCUAACCCCAUGGGACUUAAAAGGAAGGGCUAUUAUUGUAAGGAAUUCACUUGGUAUUACUACUUUGCUUUAGCUUUUAAAUGACUGAUUUUAAAGAAGAAAUUAUAUUUAUUCAUGAAAGUGUCACUCGGUGCUAAGCAGGAGACUUCACAGUGAUACAGUAUGUUUGGAAUCUUCUAUGCGACUACUUUGUGAAUCCUUCUGUGACCUUUGCUUUUUAAUGCAUUAUAUGAUUGUGUUUGGAAGCCCUUACUGUUCUUGUCAGAAAUACAGCUGCUUUGCUUGGGUCUUCUUGAGCCAUAUUUAUAAUUGGUCCCAGCAUUCCAGAUUUCUGUUAAAUGGUUAAGGGAGUGAAAACUGAAGCUUGCCUGGCAGUGAGCCACUGUCACUCCCUGACUGUCACCAAGAAACCAUUGUGUGUGUGUGUGUGUGAGAGAGAGAGAGAGAGAGAGAGAGAGAGAGAGAGAGAGAGAUAUUCUUCUUAAGUGAGCACUUCAGUCAGUCCCUGGUGCCUGUAGAGGUUGGAUUCUCAGCUCUCCAUACUAGAGCAAAAUCAACUAGCUAGCACAAGGUCCAUGGCCCUUAAAGUGGUUGACUGUAAGAACCAACCAGUGAUGUGCUGCUUCAUUUAAUGCACUGUGGAACAAAGCAAGGGCAUGGUUGGGGUGCAUUUACAAUAACUUUAGGCUUUAGGUCUCUCAACAGGCUGAAAUGUUGAGAGAGUAAGGUUUGUAUGUGUGAUGUGACUCAACUAUGCAGAAAAUGUUAAGUUGGUGUUCUUGUUAAUGUAAGUCCAGCGUACACACUUCUUCACUGUACAGUUUAGCUGGGAGACCAUAUUUAGCACAGGACGGGAUUUCUUCUCUGAGCUAUGUUAGCGUUUCUUCAUAGGAUCUAGUGAUGAGGACUCUGAAUAUGCAGUAAUGUGCUUCUGUGUAGUGCCGCAUUUAGAGACAGACUCUAGAGGGAACAGUAGAUACGUCGGCCUUAUUAUUAUUUGUGUUUGAGAGGUGAGACUUUAAAAUCGCUUUUAAACAUCCUUAGGAUCCAACUGCAUGUGUUCCGAGGUGCAGUGCACUGUGAAUCUUUUUAAGUCUAAGUUUGUAGGUGCUUUUAUGUGUAACUUAAGUGGUUGGAAGAAUGUUUAAUAACUUUGUCCUCAACCAUUGUACUCAAAGAGACAAAGGAUACAGUUUACAUACUUUCUGUAAGAUUUUGUUAAGAAAUAGUGAAUGAAUGACUCUAGGAUUUCAAACAGAGAUUCCAUCCUGAGACAUGAGCACUUGGAGGGGCUGGAAAACCCAAUAGAUCGGAUAGCUUGGAAAACUUGGUGAGCCAUGUUGAAAGAGCUAACUAGAUUUCUGUACCAAUAUGUGAAAGAUAGUUGCCCAGAACUGUCAGAGGGAUUGUGGUCACUGCUUGCUGCUUUGACCUUUGAAUAUCAUUAUUUUUAUAUUAAAUACUAAUUAGUAAUUAGCUAUAUAGCAGAUUAAUAUUAUGCUGUAAGACUUGGCUAGGCUUUUUUUGGGAGGCUUUAAUAAUUUACAUGUAAUGUCAAUAAAAAUACAAAUCUAAGAGAAUGGCCACAGGAAUCAGAUUCCUUUAUAAAAUACUGUGUUUUCUAAAAAUGUCAAGGACUGGCACCUGUGUGCAUUAAAAAACAUUUCAUUACCAAAUUCCUUACCAGUCCUGUUUCUCUAGCAUUAGUUCAACAGUAAGGAGAGAGUGGGACCUCGAAAUGAUAACUGGCUGGACAGGUUUUAUUCCCAUAAUGCCUCUUGGCCUUUGCUGUGUCUAUGCGUGCCAUGUUGGAGAUUUUAAUGACAGCUGUUGUGUCCAUGUUCUCUGAGGCAGUAUUUUCUUUGUAUUAUUAUUCAUGGUUGUAUUCAUUAAUACUUCUUCUGUUUUUGAGUUGGGUUAUUGUGUAUUAUUAUUAUUGAGAAAAGAGGUUCAAACGUGUUAUAACUAGAAUUGACCAUCAGCAAAGGACACCACUCCCAGGUCUAAUGGUAUUCUUCACCUUUGUGUAUGUAGUGUUACUCCUUAGAGCUCAGUACAGCUGGUGUCCUAACACUUCAGAAUACAUUUGUAUAGUUUCUUAAAAGCCUAGAAAUGGGCUUAUAGAAGGCCUCUCCACACCUUCCUAUCAAUAUAUGUAGGAUUGUCACUCCUGAAGCCUAGGUCAGAAGGCAGGUUGAGAUCAGCAGAAUGAGAUUUGUCAUAAGGGUUUUGCUGUUUUAAGUGUGUUGUGGGAAAGGAUCUUGAAAAGAACAGAUAGCAGUUGCUGGGAGGAGUGAGGAAGAAACUACUACGCAUUUGGCACUUGAGUGCUUCCUGGAAGGAUGCUCAGGGGAGAAAUGUGGUCACCCCCUGCCCAAGCAGAAUUGAGCAUGCAGUUCUUUCCAGGCAUUUUCUAUUCCUUGGUGAAGUAUUGUUUUCUAAGUAUGAUCGCCAAGCAGUCCAUGGUUGCUAAUGGAAUUUUUUUCGCUCUAAGGACCAGUGUUCGAGUCCUUUCUGUGUUGAUUCUGUCAAGCUCUAGGCUGAGUUUGGGUUUUGUUUGUUUGUUUGGUUUGUCAUUACUUUAAUUUGUUUUUAAUGUGUAUGUAUGUUUUGCCUGUAUAUUUGUUUGUAUACCACAUGUGUGCCUGUGGUGCCCAGGGAGGUCAGAAAAAGUGUGUCGGAUAACCCGCCCCCCUCCACCCCCCGGAACUGGGGUUCAGAGCAAUUGGAAAUGGAACCCAGGCCCUCUGCCAGAGCUCUCACCCUCUCUGUUGUUGAUAACAAGGUAGCCCAGAGUGUUGCACAGUCAUGUGCAAAUGCUGGCAGCACUUUCCUUGUGACAAACAGCAUUUGUCACUGAAGUACUCUACAGCCAUUGAAUAAUGGAGACUCAGCCCACCCUCCUGGGUAGAACUGGAUGAAAGGGCAUUUCUGUCAACGUAGUUCAUCAGGAAGGUUGUUUGUUUAGGUUUUCCCUGUAUACAUCUUUGUACUUCGUGUUAAAGCUCAGAGGCUUCAUUUUGAGACAUGUUCAGAGUGGAAUAUCUAAUUUGAAGCCAUCCAUAAAGAGAUUACAUUAAUCUGGAGUCUUAGUGUAGCACAGGGGUUGGGUCUGUGUCUCUGUCACAGUUUAAAAGGAAUUCACCUCAAGAUGUGACUAGUUGGGCAGGAUUGACUAAGGGCCCUCUGGGAAAAGGAACCCCAGGAGUAUCAGUUUCAGGGUGUGACUUGGUCCUCCUAGUGGACAUCAGCUCUUUGGUGGAAGGUAAGUGUGUCAGCUAGGGGGCGGGGGUGGUUUUGUUGAUAUUGUUACUAGUUUGUUAAGUGUCCUUUUCUGAGCAUCUGUUUCAGUAUUUCUCAGGCUUUUUGUUUGUGCUACGUCUCUAAUACAUCUGACACCAUGAGAAUUUGCUGUAAGUUUAACUCCUGAGCCUCAAGUAGAUAAAAGGGCUGUGUUCUCUCAAGUCAGUGUCUAUAGCUGUGAAAUUGGUGUGGGAGCACAGAAAACACUUUGAGGUUCUCGUUGGUAGCUUUAGAGUGGAACGGGCAGCAUUUCCUAACACUCAGUUCUUAGGAUAGUGAGCUUUUAAAGUAGAAGGUAGGGUGCUUUCUAAUUUUAAUUAUUUGAUCCAAAUGUGUAAAACGGUAGCUCUAGACUGGUGAAGCAUUUGGGACACAGUUGGACAUUUUAAAAGCCAUUUCUCAAGCUUUAAGGCAUUUAGCACAGCCUUUGCAGUGCUCAGCAGAGGCGCGAAUGCAAGCAGAGGCGCGGCCAUGAGGUCGGUGUCCGACGCUGGCCGUGGCUGGAGAGAUGCAGUAAUACUUGUGGAGUGUGAGCGGCAGUGGAUAGGACACGUGACGUGCACGGUGCCUUGGGAGAGCAUGGGCUGGUCCUGCAGGACUCUGCAUUUCACUGUGACUGUGCAGCACAUUUUAGGCUGUGUUUGAAUGUCUCACAAGUUACUGUUAAGUGUCAAAUGCAAGAAUCCAAGAAGGAGCUGAGCCUUUCAUUUUACAUGUUGUUUGAAAUUAGGACAAGAGACAAUUCACUUCUGUUGUGUAAAUAGUAAUUUUUUUUUCAGUUCAGCAAAUAGGGCAAAACAGUGAAACCAUUAACUUCUAGUUUUUGAAAACUAUUUUUUUAUAUUUACUGAUAAGUUUUAAAUCUUAUGGUAGUUGUAAAAAUGAGUAUUGACUUACUAGACUUAUGUAUAAUUCAAAUAAUCUGUUGGCUUCAAUGAAACCGUAAUGAAUCUUCAUGAAUGUUCAUGUAUUUAGCUAUUUUAAGUGAUAUUCUCUUAAUUUGGAUAGUCUUAGGUCAGGCCAGUAGAGAUGAUGCCCACCUGUAAUCCCAGCACUUGGGAGGCAGAGGCAGGAGAGUCUCUGAGUUUGAGGCCAGCCUGGUCUACAGAGUGAGUUCCAGGACAGCCAGGGCUACAUAGAGAAACCCUGUCUGGAGGCAGGGGUUGGGGGUGGGGUUGGGGGGGUGUUGUGGGUGGAAAAUGGGCGGGGGUAAGUUUAACAAAAUUGAAGCAUAGUUUGGGUGCAAAAGUGAAUAAAAUUUGGAUAUUUUUAUGCACUGUGUCUUUGGUUUGUAGUAGUUUACACUCUGCUGUAAAGACCUGAUGUUCCUAAACAGUGUAGUUUUCAAACAGUUUAAUUCUAGGUAUGUCUGGGAAAGUUGUAAACAUGCAGAGUCAUAGAAGCUACAAAAAGCUGGUACAUGAAUUUUGGUGAAAUUGCUUCAUUAAUGAUACAAUAUUCAGUGAAAAACCUAGGCUUCAGAAUAAGUAGAUUUGUAAACUGUUUCUUCAUUAAUUGGUUUUGUCUUAUAUAAAAUGAUUUAACAUAGAAUCUCUGCCAGACUUAUAACGACGCUUUAUAUUUUAUUGGGAGAAAGAUGUAAGCAAAUCCUUUACAUGAUUAUGUCUAUGAUAAUAGGAAAGUAUUUGCUUUACUGUAGUUAUUAGUCAAACAUUUAGGGAAACCAAAGAGGAACCCCCAAAAUAGCUCGUUGGGUUUACUGUAGUGUGACAACAUCCUUUAGUGCUACAUUUAUUUAGUGAGCCCCUCCCCCAAGUUUGGUGUUUAUGAAUAAUUGGAACUGCUUUUCACCUACAUCGAUGUAACUCAUAAAUUUCUAGUGACUCGGGUCUGUGAAUUAGUGAUGCUGGAGCACCCACCGCCCUUCCAAAGAUGUGGGGUGACCCGACACCUGUGCUGUAACAUCUAACAGCUUUUCAGUGUGAUGCACACUAGUUUAGGAGCUAAAACCAUACUGUAAAGAAUGCACUGACAGUGAUGGAAGGCCACCCACGCUGGCUUUCUGUCGAAUACUGUGAGCUUUGCUCUAACUCUGUCUGUAAGGAAUUACCCAUAAACUGGGCUGCUUGGGCACAGUUACUGCUCUGCCUUUGGUUCUGUUCUGUUUAAAGUCAUUGCUGUUACUGGUUAUUACUCUGGACCAGAAAGGCUAGGAAUGUAUAGGAUAAACAUGAGAAGUUGUUCGCAUUCAUAGAAAUAUAAAAGGUAGAAUUUAUUCAGAGAUGAAAGUGGCCUGUGGGAAUGUCACCUUUAUCUCAGGUCGGCUUGGCUCUUAAGCUGCAGUACAGUGGUGGGCAGGAGAUAAAAAUCCGACCUGUAACGUGCAGUGGUUCUUAGGCUUGAGCCAGAACCAGGCAGAAUGUCCAGCAGAGUGUCCUAUUGCCCCUCCCUCUCAGGCAGGAGAGUCCUCAGCUACGUAACUAUGUUGUCAUCUUUCCAUGGAGCAGAAAGUCUGUGUUUCGACACUCCUGAUGUGCUAUGAAACUGCUUGCUAUCUCCUAGGUUUAGACUUCUUGAAACUUUUUUUCCUGUUUUCAGUAGAGAAACUUCUGUUUAUGCUGUAUGUGAAGACAACCAAAUAAAAAUUGAUGAUAAAUGAGAA